CCCACCCAUCUUUACAAACAUGCUCUUUAGCAACUCCUGUGGUAGAAUGAUUGUCAGUAGCUGGUAAGAAGAGGAAAACAUGAAGUGGAGAUACUGGGUCCGAGCUGUGAAGUGUCAGCUGCUGGCAGCCAGCCUCUUCGUUAUGCUGCUUGGACUAUCAGUCAGCAUAUUGACCAUCGUCACCUAUCGGGGCAAGCACUUCACUGUAAUAAACGAUGUCUCUUUGGACACAAACUCCUCCUACAGAACCUUGCACACCAUAGUUUUCUACACUGGGAUAUGCCUGAGCAUCAUUCUUACCAUUGCUGCACUGGUGGGUAUUGUUGGCACUGUGAGAGAACUGGAGAGCGCCAUGGCGGUGGGUUUCUUCUGCUUUGCUGUGAUGUUCUGUGCAUCAGUAGAGGCAGCAUAUUGGACAAUCACCAACAGUAAUGUGGUGGAAGAUGCCGUGAUGGACACAUAUGAUUUCGUUUAUGAGGAUGUCCGGAACAAUUCUUCCGAUAUCCGAAGACAGGAGCUGCACAACAUCCACAAAACGUUUCUCUGUUGUGGGAAGAAGUCACCCUUUGGAGAAGUGGGCAGUAUUGAAAAGGAGUUUUGCCCCUCAGCAAUGGAGGGAACAAAAGAGGAUUGCCUCCAAGAGAUCCAACGCUUCCUGAAAAAACACAUGGCUUUUGUGUCUCUGCUGAUGACCAUCACAAUAUUCUUCAUGGUAUAUGGCAUGAUCUUAACUUCAUUCCUCUGGUACGCUAUCCACUUUAAAGACAACUUGGACCGGAAGGGCAAGUACAUUCUGGCAAGGCAACAGAAAAGAUUUCCCAUUUCUUCACAAGAGGAACAAUUGCAGCUAUCGAGACCAUAAUGGAUUGGCUUGUUUCUCACAGCUAUGAAAGGCCCUUCUUCUGAUUCUUCUGUCUCCUUGUUUUUGCUUCACAAGUUCCCUGUUCUAAAUAUGGCUGGACUAAUCUUAUGUGACCAAGAAGGCUGCUGUAUCUGUAGAUAAAGCUCAGCCAGUAUGUUGACCUGCGGGGACGUCAGAAGCAAGCAGGUUUGUUGAAGGCAGGAUAUAAACCACAAGUGUGCCUGCCAGCUGAAAGCUAUCAUUUAGAGACCCCAAAAUAGCAAAUCAAAACAGGACAACAUGCCCAGUGGAAAGGAAACACAUGGAAAUUGUUCAGCAUAAUAAUGAGGAAGAAUCUUUUAAAAUUCAGUUGAGACAGACAGAAAAGGAGAAAAUAGCAAGUUAUUUUACAAUUGUAUAGUUUCUUUUUGAGCCUAUUUGCAUUUUGCAUACUUUCUCAGUUUAAAUAAAUUCAUAUACCUUAAAUAUAAA